AUGCCUCCAGAAUCUCGAGGAGAUAAAACGGCUGCCGAGUCGGCACCAUCGGCAAAGAAAGUCAAACUAGGUGUUGUCGCUGGUGUUUUUAUACCUGUUGUUCUGAAUAUCAUCAGUAUUCUUAUGUUCCUUCGUUUUGGUUCUAUACUAGGUCGAAUCGGUCUGCUGGGAAUGCUCGGUUUACUCGUUGUAGCCUAUGUCAUCGAUUUGAUUACUACACUAUCUUUGUCUGCCAUAGCGUCCAACGGAGAGGUUAAAGGUGGUGGUGCUUAUUAUCUAAUUUCAAGGUCUCUCGGUCCUGAAUUCGGCGGUUCUAUCGGCGUGCUUUUCUACCUUGCUCAAGUAGUAAACACCGCACUCAACGUCGUCGGUCUUAUAGACUGCCUAAAAUUAAACCUUGGGCUUCUGUUGCCACAAGGCUACUGGAAAGGCUAUGCCAUGCAGACUUGUGCCCUCGUUAUCUGCACUGCUCUAAGCCUCGCUGGACAGGCCAUCUUCGCCUUAGCCAGCCGUGGUCUCCUUGUCAUCCUCACUCUAGCCGUUCUUAGCAUUCCCGUUUCAGCCGUUGUAAUGAGUCCAUUCAAAAAUGAUAUAAUUGGGGUCGAGUUCACCGGCUUAAGCAUGGACACGAUGCGUUCCAACCUGUUCCCACAUACUGGUGGCUCUACAUAUCAGGGCGUUGAGACAUUCAGGGAGCUGUUUGGAAUUCUCUUCAGUGCCACUUCUGGCAUCUUUGCUGGGGCAUCAAUGUCAGGGGACCUGCGGAACCCAAGUAAAGCUAUUCCCAAAGGCACGUUGUGGGCCAUGGCGUGGACCUUCUUCCUCUACGUAGUCGUCAUUUUGUCGAUAGCCUCUAGCAUCACUCACCCUUCUUUUCUCAGAGACACCAACAUUAUAUCUACGACCAGUAUAUGGUCACCACUAAUCCUUGCUGGAGAAUGUGCAACAACGUUCUUUUCGGCUCUAAUGGGAAUCUUGGGUAGCUCUAAACUUCUUCAGGCUCUCGGACGAGAUAAACUCCUUCCAGGUCUAUCCAUAUUCGGAAAAGGAAACAGACGUGAUGACCCUAUACUGGCCAUACUUAUCACCUAUAUAAUUGCACAGGUUGCACUGUUUGCAGACUUAAACCAGAUUGCAACUUUCAUAUCCAUGGGCUACCAGAUGACCUUUUUUGUCAUGAACUUAGCUUGCUUCUUACUCAAGAUAGGAUCAGCCCCGAACUUCCGUCCCGCAUUCACCUUUUUUAGCUGGCAUACAGCAUUUGUAGGAAGUGCCCUUUCUGCAGCUGCCAUGUUUUUCAUAGACGGUACUUACGCUGCGGCAGCCAUCUGUGUGCUAAUAUUCCUCUUCCUGAUCAUACAUUAUAUGAGCCCACCGAAGCAUUGGGGUGAUGUUUCUCAGAAUCUGAUUUAUCAUCAGGUACGAAAGUACCUCCUACGACUCAAGCCUGAACAUAUCAAGUUCUGGAGACCUCAAAUCAUCCUCUUAGUUAAUGACCCUCGCCACCAUACGCGGCUUAUCCAGUUUUGUAAUUCUCUGAAGAAAGGAUCCCUUUACAUAUUAGGGCAUGUCAUUGUAACAGAUGACUUCAAUACGGGGGUACACGAGGCGAAGUUACAGCAGUCAGCUUGGACCAGAUAUAUCUCGGAAUAUUCGAGGAUCAAGGCAUUCGUUCAGCUGACGAUGUCGCCAACAAUUGUAUGGGGGGUACGAAAUUUGAUUUUGUCGGCUGGCUUGGGCGGUAUGCGACCCAAUAUAGCGGUUCUGGGGUUUUAUGAUAUGGACGAGUUGCGGAAAUCUAGGCCACUUGCGCAAAUACCUAAAGUGACAUCUACACCCACAACGCCAAGAAUUUCGACGAGAGUUGACGGGAAAACCCCAACCCGUCGACGAGGAGACACGUCGGCUCGCCUACUAGACGGAUUUCUUCCAACAGACUCAAUCCGUACGGAGGGUACCAUGUCUGUUAUAGACUAUCUCACAAUUCUUGAGGACCUCACACUGCGCCACCGUCUUAAUGUUGCAGUUGGCAAAGGGUUUCAGGCGCUAGAAACUCCGCGAAAUGACGGAGGGAAUAUAAAAAAGUAUAUUGAUUUGUGGCCGAUUCAGAUGUCAGCCGAAAUUACAAACGGUGCUCAAAGCGUGCUGACAACUAAUUUUGAUACAUAUACGUUGAUUCUACAACUUGGCUACAUUUUACGGAGUGUCCCGGCAUGGAAAAAGGCAUUUCAAUUACGCGUUUUAGUAUUCGUUGAAUAUGAAAGCGAGAUUGUGGAGGAAGAGGCAAGAUUGAAAGCUUUAUUAGAAAAGUUGCGGAUCGAUGCUACCAUUCAAGUGUUUUGGCUUGCGUCUGGUCAACUUCAGGGCUACGAGACUAUCGUCAACGGCCGUGGAAUGAAUUCCGAAUCUGGGCUUAUUAUACAUGAAUUGCUGAAGGACGACGAUUGGUGGCAAGAGCUUCAAAAUUUGAGGACCGAAGCUCACGAAAUGUCUCGAUCACAAGAGCUCGCCUCUUUAGAGGAGAUGCUCAAUCCUACCAGACGUAGAGGGAGCUCCAUGUCGAAAUCCGAUGGUCAUCAUAGCUUGCCAAGAGGCUUAGAUGUCAAUGACUUACUUGACAAAUCUAAGCAGCCGACAGUUUCUACUAUUGCGAAGUUAGGCCUUAACUUCGGGAUCCAUACUCAUCAACUGAGCUCUUCUGCUUUCAAUCGUCAAGAGGAUGAGGACUCUACUGAUUAUAGCGACGAAGAUGGAGAAUCUAUGGAUGCUGACUUCAAUGAUAGUCUCAGCACGGCAAGUGAUGGCGAAAUGGAAGACUUGGCAACCUCGCGGAGGGAUAGUGCCAUGAGUUUUGUCAGCCGGAGAAAAAGCUAUGGAGAUAUCAUGCGUAGGGAAGAACUACUAGGGGAUACAAAACGUAAAAGAACCCAGAAAUCAGGGAAUACGGCUACAACCAAUUCAUCAGGGUAUGGCACGAUAGCCCCGGUGACAAGACCAGCUAUAACGCCAGCCCCCCCUAUUCAACGAGCGCAAAGCUCUACUGGUCUUUUGAGUGUUGCUUCAGAAUCGGGCGAUUCUACACCCACCACGACCAAAGCACCGUCUAGGCCAACAUUUUCGCGACACUCGUCAACAGGCAGGUUCACCAGUAAACCAACACCCGAAACCACAAUGGUCGUCGAGGAGGGCACAGGACCAAGGAUGACUUUCUCUACGGAAGAAGAGCCGGCAACAGCUCUGCCUCGACGCCCGCCAUUUUCACGGAACGUAUCCGUCGGGCGCUAUUCCAGUCGUCCAGUUCCGGAGACCAAGGUGGAGAACGAGGAUGAGUUUGGGCCCCGACUCACGUUCGCUGAACCCGAGGCUAGUGCAUCGGAGCCGUUGCUAAAGUCACGAAGAAAUUCAAUAUCUCGUAACAAUGAAUCACUAAACACACAGUUUAACGUACCCGAGCUGCUCGAGUCCUAUAGUCCUGGCCCUCGGGCAGACGAGGAGAUACGCUCUUUAUACUCAACACAAAGCAUUCCUCUCUCAUUCAACGACUUACCGAGCCGUGCCCAACACCUAAUCAUCAACGAGCUGAUGCGACAACAUAGUAACGAGACAGCUAUAAUUUUAACAACUCUCCCGAUUCCUGAGGAGGGUACUUGCAAAAGCGAGGAGGCCGGAUUAAGGUACCUGACCGAUAUCGAGGUGCUUUGUCAUGAGCUUCCACCCGUCCUUCUGGUUUUGAGCAACAACAUGACGGUGACAGCUAGCUUAUAG